CAGCAGUGAAUAGCGAGCGACAUGUUUGUUUUCAUACCGGUCCGAAUUAACGUCGCGAUUGGUUCAAAAUCCAUAACUGGCCUCCGUGAGCCAGGUGUCGUUCACACCGCGGCCUCGCGGGCGCCUCGUCUCGUUAAUCACUCGUGCUUGCUAUUGUUAACGCACGGUGUACAGCCAUCUUUGUCAAAUUAUGGACGAUUUCGAUUGAUUUCAAUAACUAAUAGUGUUUGUGCUAUCUAAAUGAAAGAAAACACGGAUUUAGUGAUAUUGACGCUUUGUGUUAGAACACGAAGAGACAUUCUCUUUUGUUUUACUACUAACAUCACUGCGUUGAAUGGAAGCGUUACGACUUACGGCGUUAACGACCAUUAAAAUGAUGGAUGAUGUCGUCUUUUGCAAAAAGAGUGUAAAGUGAUCGUUAUAGUAAAUAAUGUGAAGGGUGCAUUUAGUGUUUAUGUUUGGGCGGGCAUGUGAUGAGAACUGCGUCGUAAUUUGUUGUACACAUUGCAUAAAUGAGUGGAAUGGCGUUGCGGAGCGCGCGGACCGGAGCAUGCGCGCCAGUUGCCUCGCAAUCUCUGGGAGCGCAUUGAGUGUCCUUCGUUUACGUGUUAAGCAAAAUGGGAAGGUCGAGAUUCCCUGGCAAACCGCUCAAAUUCCAGAACAGAAAACGUGUUAGUGUAUUAUCGGGUGCUGUAUACCAUGAAAAUGCUCCGGAGAGCCAACCGCUCGCUCGCGGCGGGACCGCUAAUGUUUUCGCUGGGGAUAAAGAGGAAGAAGAAAAGAAAGAAAAUAGCAAAGAAAAUGAAAGAAAUGAGUCUAAUGAAAAUUCUGUGAACAUCUCUGCAGUGAACAACAUUAAUAACCCAGAUCUUACAUCUAGUGAUUCAAAAUCUCCUGUUCGCACUCGCUCACAAAACAAAAUGGAGCCAGUUAAAGGGGAAAAACCAAAACCAGUGAAGAAAACUGUGACAUUUGGUACAGUUGAGAGCUGUGAAGAUAUUUUCUUGCCUUUAAAAAAGAUUCCUCUGAAACAUCAUGCACCUCUAGUGCCUAUUAUCAAAAAGAAAUCAUCAUUGAAACAAACAGAAUACUCUACUUUUAACAGCAUACUUAAGCCAGCAAAAUUGACAGAUUUGAGUUCAAAGUCAUCUGAUAAUCACGAAGGGUACUUAAGGAAAAACCUGAAUCCUUUGUCAAAGCCCAUGAACAAGUUCUCGCAGUUCAGUGACAGCCGAUGUAUUUCUCCACCACCUCGUAACCUAUCUCCAGUUGAUAAAGAGAGUGGAAGCUCAUCAAAAUUUGUUCUGCCUGUCAGAAGUGCUCAUUCAUCUCGAGUUAUCAAACCAAAUAAGAGAUUUAUAGAUGGUGAAGAACCAACCACUGCAACUGGUACUGUGGGCUCGGCAAAGGUGCUUAAGAAGCCUAAGCUCAAGAGGCUUCUAUUUAACAACUUACACAGAGAUGAUGAUACAUUAGAAGAUGAGGCUUCAGAUAUUACAAAGGACACUGAAAAAUCUAGAGACAAACAAUUUCUAACACCAUCCAACUUAUUCAAAGACAAAACAACAAACUCAUUUUCGGGUCUCAGCAGUAAUACAAGAAAGCCCAAUGUCAAGCUUAAUUUAUUCUCUAAUAAGAAUAAAGAAACAGAAUAUUCACAAGAUGAAAAUUCUAAUGUAGAGGGAAUAGAGAAAGGCAAAGCCUUGGAACAAAGUAAGCCAAGUAAAGAGGAGAGAGCUGGGCAUGCAAUGCGUAAACUUAUGGACAUAUCAGAUGCAAGUAGUUCUACCAGCACUACUAGUGGUUCAGAAUCUGAAGAAAGCUGGGACAGUGAUAGCCUGGAGGGGAGUGGGGAUGAGGAAGAAAAACCACCACCUAGCCCAGAAAGAGAGAAGUCAUCUGCUAGUCAACUGUUGAGUGGCAAAGUAAUAAUAAGGGAAGCCAGAUUACAAUUAAAUACCCCUGCUCAAGCAACUACUGGGUUAGAUGGUCCGUUUUCAGCACCAACUUCAACAUCUCCUAACCCUCCAACCACAGUGACGUGUGGUGUAUGUGGUGCAGUACGAUUCUACAAAUUCGUAAAGCAAGCCCGCAAGUUUGGGAUAUAUUCCUGUGAGUCUUGCCGAAAGUUUAUAACAAAGCUUCUGAAGAGAGAAAAAUUAGCACACAAAAAUGGUACCAUUGUCAUGCAAUGUAUGAGAGAAGAAGGCAAUUGCAUUGUGCCUCCAAUAGUGAGAUCGCAACAAUGGAAGCUAGUACGUUCUGAAAACAGAUCGCGGUGCCCGGCUUGUUGGCUGAAAAUGUGUCUAAGAGCAUUUCAAGUGCCGCCGAGCGUAAGGGCAGGGCUCACGGCGAUGCUGCCUCCUUCGAUGAGGGCCAGCGUCAAGCUCUCCGGACCUAUAGUUCAGGUUAAUCCAUUGAGGCUAGGUGCUGGCAACACUUGGACAAGCUCAUCUACAUCUACGCCAGCACUGACAAAUGCACCACCAAAUAACACUGAGCAUGAAGGCAAAAGCUUUAUGCUUUUGAAAAUUAAUAAAAAGUCUGAGGAGAGCAAUGAAAAACUAAUAGAAAAAGUUGAGGAUAAGACCAACAAAGAUCAAGGUUCAGCUGAAGAAGACGGCGAAGAUUUCAGUGAGAAUAGAAAGCGUCGUAUAACAAGGGUUAAAGUGCGGAAGAAAGAUAAAGGUGAUAAAGGUGAUUCUAAACAGUCUGAAGACCCUAAACGCCAGAAGGUUGAACUUAAGGGGCCAAGAGUCAAGCAUGUAUGCCGAAGUGCAUCAAUUGUUUUAGGACAACCUAUUGCUACAUUCCCUACCCAAGAAGAAAAAGAAAAGCAAGAAAAAUUGAUUUCAUCUGAAGAAGACAACAGUUUGUUACCUGUUAUUGAAAAAGAUGUUCUUGCUCCUAAACUUCCUAGCUGUGAUAUUGAAAUGGAUACCGAGAAUAAGACUCCUGCACAACUGUGUGAAGUGACUCCUGCAAAAGAGGCUGAUAUUGAAAUGCAGGAGCCAAAGAAAAGAAAGAUUCAGGAUACAGAACUAUCUAUUAAAGUUCCAUCCAAACAAGAGUCUAGUGAAGAUGAGACUGUCAUGGAUCUUGUACCGAAGAAGACUGUCAUGAAACCUCUAACAAACAUAACAAAUAUGCGUGGACGAUCUCAAAAGUUCAGUCAAAAUCGGCCAGAACUGAUCUGCGUCGACUUUUGGGAAAGCUAUGAUCCAGAUGAAGUUUGUAGCUCUGGAUUUGGUGUCAUCGGAACCGCUCCAUUUACCGUCGCGAGGUUAUGUUUCUUGUGUGGUAGUGCAGGGAAAGAGAAGAUGUUGGUGUGCAGCUCAUGCUGCGAGUGGUACCACACGUGGUGCGCGGAGGACAGCGCGCGCGGCGGUUGGACGUGCGCGCGCUGCGUGUCGUGCGCAGCCUGCGCGCGCCCCGCCGCGCGCCUGCGCUGUCGCAGCUGCGCGCGCCACUACCACGCCGCCUGCCUGCCCGCGGCGCCGCCGCAACACAGGAGCGACUGGCCACAGAUUUGCAGUACAUGCUUGAAAUGCAAGAGCUGCGACAGCGGCCGCGUGAGCAAGUUCGUCGGGAGUCUUCCAUUCUGCGGACCCUGUUUUAAAUUACGACAAAAGGGCAAUUAUUGUCCUCUGUGCCAAGCAUGUUACAGGGACAAUGACUUUGAUAGCAAGAUGAUGGAAUGCGGAUGGUGUGCGCGAUGGGUACAUGCCAGCUGUGAGGGUUUAUCAGGAGAGGAGUACCAGCUCCUGUCAGCUCUCCCGCCGUCUAUUGAAUAUAUCUGUUGUAAGUGUAUGCCCAACAACCCGCCCUGGAGGAAAAUGCUAACAGAACAUCUUAAGGGAAGAUUAUUACAUCUAUUAAAGCUUCUGGCGAAAAAUAGAAAGGCGUGUGCACUUCUUAAAUUAACGCCGCACAAAAAUACACCUGUGCCUAACAAGCCUUACCGAAUUAUGUCUCCCCAAGCGAUAAGGAAAUUGCAUUUCGAUGGAGCUGAUGACGAUUUGAAGAAUACUUCUGAGACUAAAGUAUACAGAAAUUCAUCAAGAGGACGUCGAAAUAACUUUAUGCAGAAAUCUGACGAUCCACGGUCGUCUCAAAUAUGGCAUUGCUCGUCAUUACUAGCCGAAGACGAUAUGGAAAAAGAAGGGAUUCCCCACCCUUUGCACAAAGUUGUCAAUCUUCAAGAACCUCUUAUGCAAAACAAGGAGAUAUGUUUUACUACUGGGCUUUUUGGCACCAAAACGGAAUUUGAUACCCCCUGUGUUGAGGUCCAUGAAAAUAAUCCUAUUCAGAAAACGGAAAAGGCAACAACAAUGCUGCCGACCACUGUACAUGAUGACAAAUAUGAGGCUAUUUCUGAUGAUGAUGAGCCAGCAAAAAGUUUUUUGCAAGCACAUAGUGAACAAGAAUUAAGCCCAGCUGUAGUACGAAAUCCAAGUACGCCCAGUCUUGCUGCUGGUAUUGAUGAAUUAAGUAGAAUAGUUUCACCAUCGCUACUUGAUAUAAAAAAAAGAGUUAACAGUGAUGAAUAUGUUUCUUUGAAAGAUUUUAAUCACGAUAUGCGAGAAGUUAUUCAAAGGACCAUUAAUGAAGAUUUAAAACGUAUCUACAAGGAGUUAUUCUCAGAAACAUUUCCAUGGUUUGACUGUGAAAAUAACUGUCUUCAACCGAACUUGGAAGUUGAAAGAGAACAGGAAGAUACAGAAUCUCUGAAAGAUCAUGAAAUGACUGAUGACAAGCAUGCUGAUGUAGCUGCUCUGUCCAUUGAACGACCAAUAGACCAAAUUGUACCAAAGUUAGAGGUGGAAGGUCAGAAUGAAGACGAAGACUUAUUGGAAUUUUACCCUGUUGUUGAUUCAAGGACUUGUGUGCUUUGCAAAAUUGUUGGAGAUGGUUCACCUGCAAAGGAAGGGAGAUUACUAUAUUGUGGACAAAACGAUUGGAUUCAUGCUAACUGUGCCCUUUGGUCAGCAGAAGUAUUCGAAGAAAUUGAUGGUUCUUUACAAAAUGUCCAUUCAGCCAUAUCAAGAGGAAAGAUGAUUAAAUGUGCUGCCUGUGAGAUAAAAGGUGCUAGUGUCGGCUGCUGUGCCAAGAACUGCAGCGAAACAUAUCACUAUGCAUGUGCAAGGAGAGAAAAGUGUGCCUUUAUGGACGAUAAAAGAGUAUUUUGCCCAACACAUGGUAAAGAUGUUCCAAAAGCAAGCUUGCAAAAAGACGCCGAUUUUGAGCUUACAAGGGCAGUCUACGUAGAACUUGACAAAAAGAAGAAAAGAUACAGUGAAAUUAAAAAAGUCCAAUUUUUAAUGGGAUCUUUGACAGUAACUAGUCUUGGAAAGAUAGUACCCCCUGUGUCUGACUAUGAAGAAUAUUUGAUGCCUGUUGACUUUUCAUGUACUCGCCUGUUUUGGUCUUGUAAAAAACCCUUGAAGAUAGUGAGAUACACUAUAAAAACCAAACUAAUUUUGGCUGAACCAAUGCCUGGAUUUGAUUUCGGAGUAAACAUAACUGUAGACCAUUCAACAGAUAUGCAAGUCGUAGAUCGUGUUAUGGCUGAAAUAGGCGCUUGGCAUCAUAGUCUGGAAACAGGAACGGCAAAACCAGCUUUUAUGCUUAAACAUGAUAAAUCUCCAAUUAAAUUUGGUAAUGCAUUAACUUUAGAAGACUUGGCUGUUAAGCAAGUCGUUGAGCACUUGUUAGAUAAUGUCUGUAAACAAGAGCAACAAGAUGAAGAAGAACCUCAAAAUACAGCAGAUCUUUUACCACCUGAACUUAAAGAUGCUAUAUUCGAAGACCUUAAUCACGACCUUUUAGACGGCAUUUCAAUGCAAGAUAUUUUUCCCAAAUUGAUGUCAUAUGAAGACCUUGUUGCAAUGGAUUUGAAAAACGAGUUCUACGGCGCUAUUGGUCAAUCGGAUGACAAAAAUAGUGAUGCACGAUCAACAACAGACUUCAUUGAUGAAUUACUUAAUGCGCGAUUAGAAUCUGGAAGUAAGGAAUUGAAACGAAGUAAAUCAGAGAUGCUUUUGCAAAACCAUAAUUUAAAAAGUUUAUCAACUGGCAGAGGACAACAAAGAUCAAGUAGCCUGACAUGGAAUAACAAAUUUGAUACAAGUUUAUUAUCAUCAACUAUUAAACGGUGCAAAAUGGGCAGAACUUCCACUGUCACUGGUAAACCAACCUCAGCACAAAGACUGACAACAGUAGAUAACGCCUUAGAACCUAUUAAAGAAAUCGAUUCUGUAGCUGUAGAUAAGAAAGUGAAAUCUGAGCCCAGUAGUAGCAGCAGUGGCAGUUCGAUAUGCGAGGAAGCACCACAUACAAGUGGUAUCAAUUACCGCGCUACUUCACCCAAACCAAAGGAUGAAAGCAAGAACGAAAAAUCUGACAAAUCUGAUGGCUAUUACGCUGCCGGUUUUAUAGAUUUUUAUACAAAAAUACAAUGCAGUCCAAUAUCGCAACUAGAUGGUACUGCAGACUGGUCAGGAUCUGAAAGUACCUGCAGUUCGCGGCCAAACAGUCCUCGUGACGAUGACUUUUCUCCAAUAUCACAAUUGGAUGGAGCCGAAGAUCAUCCAGGAAAUGACACAAUAAGAAAUCAAACAAACCAGUUUCUCUAUAGGGCAAGUGGUUCAGAAAGUACUUAUACUGUAACAAUUGCCGGAAAUUCUAUUAGCGGACAGCCUGAACUGGUUAUGAGGCCUUUGGAUGAUGGAUCUGGUAUUUCCGGACAAAUAGAACAGCCGGUACGAUGCGACAGAUGUCAAUGCACGUACAGAAACAAGGAAUCCUAUGAAAGACAUGUUCCAUCCUGUGACAUGAUGUCAACAAGCGAAAGUGAGAGUGAGAACCCAAAAUCACCUGAAAAUAGAACAUUGACAACACUGCAAAAUGCUUUUCAAGGUGCUUUUGCUCAACCCAUGAUUAUACACACAGGUGUAGUGAGUAACACAGAAAAUACUAUAAAAGCAGAAAGUAUAUCUGCCAGGCGAACUUCAAUCAAUACAAGGCAGAUCACGAUUAAUGGCACAAUAGUUGAAACACCGUCACCUGGUCCUUCAAAUGAAAUGACUAUGACAAUAACAGAGCAGAUGAAAUCAGGAACAGUAAUUUUCGAUCAAAGCAAAACCACAAAUGUUCAAGUAUCGGCUAAUCAGCAAGUUUUAUCAUCUCCUCAGAUUGUAGUAACACCACAAAUGUUACUACCACCUAAAACUAGUUCAGCAGGUGGACAAAAAAUUAUGGCACCACAAAUCAUCACUCAACCUGGUGUCCUUCCAUACAAUAUUUGCGUAAAGCCUGGGAAUACUAACUCGAACAUACAGCAAAUCCAAAGUGGAACUGACAUGGCACAACUUCUGUCAGGUGCAGGAGGUAUACAAGUAAUUUCCUCAAACUCGAAUCAAGUUUUAACUAUACCAUCAAACCAGGGAAAUAUCACAACAAUGGUCCAUGGCAAAAGUCAAGUUGCCAAUUUUCCUAAUAUGGCCAGCGCAUCAUCCCUUACCUUACCUGUGAAUUCUAUUCAAGGCAUGCCAAACGCAUCAAUCAUACAGAAUAUUCAACCAAUGAUUCGACCACAAAUACAGGGAAAUCCUACCAUAGUUGUACCUGCAAUGACUGCUCAAAGACUAACAUCUCCAAAUACACAUAAACAACACAUCAUUUUGCCUGGCAAUCCACAAAAGUCUCCUAAAAAGCAGCCAGCACCGGUACAGCCUAAGCCUAUUUUUCAAGCCACUAACCGUGGCAGAGGACGACCAAUACCAAAACCUACUACAAUCAAAAGGCAGACAAAACUUGAAAAGACAUUUACUACUAUCAAUCAAUCUCCAAUUGGUGCCAGUAAUACCGUGAUUCAAUUACAGACUAAUAACCAGUCUGGCCAGCCGUCAAUAAUUGUACAACCAGUUGCUAAUCAGAAUAUAAUGUCUGCUUAUGUUGAAGCUUUGUCCCAACAGCAAAAUCAGAACAUGCAAUACAUUGCGACAAUCGGACCUCAAGGCGAUUUUAAAACCACACCAACACAAUUUAUCUCGCAAAGUGGACUUAUGCCUCAAACAUUCCAAAUACAACAAACCGAAUCGGGAGGAUUGGUUGCCGUACCUAGUGGAGGUAUCCCAGUUUUACUACCUCAAGGAAAUGUUGGCAUUUUGCCUCAAGCUAUUCAGCAAGGUGCUACGAUUUUGCCCCAGGGAGCUUUACAGACUCAAGGUAUAAUUUCUCAGGGUCCAAACGGUCCGACCAUUAUACCACAAACGAUACAUACACAAAACGGUGCUACGAUUAUACCACAGGGAACUAUUCAAGGUCUCACACCUGGAAAUAUAACAUCGCAGACAGCCACUCUUCUACCUAAUAAUACUCUACAAGCAGGAGGCGCGACUGUAGUACCGCAUAGUGGAAUUGGAACUGGUCAGAACACAAUAUUACCAAAUGCUAUACAAUCGCAAGGAAAUACAUUAAUAUCUUCGGGACCAGGUGCAACAAUACUGCCACAAGGAACUUUGUUGCCACAGUUUUGCAAUGAUCAAGUUAUUCUGGGAUCGACUCCUACCCUGGAAAUGGUUACUGAUCCUUCAGGGUGCAUGUAUUUGACUACAACACAACCUGUUUAUUAUGGUCUUGAAACAAUCGUACAGAACACUGUGAUGUCUUCUCAGCAGUUCGUAUCAACGGCAAUGCAAGGAGUGCUUGCUCAAAACAGUAGUUUUUCUGCAACUACGACACAAGUAUUUCAAGCCAGUAAAAUAGAACCCAUAGUAGAAGUUCCCACUGGAUAUGUCGUCGUAAACAAUGUCAGCGAUGGCGUCAAUCAAGUAGCAUCGUCGGCGGCAAACGUGGUUACAGCGCAAACUGUUCAGUCAUCACCACAAUCACUAAAGGUUAAAACACCAGUGCCUAAUUUAACUCUGCAACCUCUACCCGAUAAGCUAGCGAACAACAACGCCAACCGGCAAACCCCAAAAGUAAUACAAAUGAGUCCAGCAUCUUUGUCAAUGGGUUCACAUGCUGGUCCGACUAUUAUAACAGGGCGACAAAAUAUAAAUCCUAUUACUUCUCAAAUACACGGAAUGACAAUUUCUAGUAGUCCUCAGCAAUUCCAGCGCUCAAAUUUAUGCAAGCCAAAUAAUGUUUCAAUGUCACCAAGUGUCACUUUAGUAUCCUCGACUGGACAACCUAUUAUGGCUAUUUCGCAAUCGGUGCCACAUUCAGCUCCAUCGUUUUCAAUUCAAUCGAUUCCCAUAUCGCAACCUAUUGUUUCAAGUUCAAUAGCUCCUUCAAUUAAUAAGAAUAACAUGAAAAUAGAAAAUUCACAUGUUAUAGAGAUAAGUGGUAACCUACAAGAAAUUUCAAACUCAUCAAGUAUGCCCACUAUAAGUGUAACCCAAAGCUUAAAGUCGCCCACACCUUGGAGGCAACUUACUCAGUUGACUCCAAUAAGCAGCGCAGAUAACAAGAUAGAAUUACAGAACAUGACUGCCAAAACAAGCAAUGCCAACGCACCUGCAAUUAAUAUGCACAACAAUAUCAACAAUUCCCUUACGUGUAGACAAGCACAUAAUGAAUCUGAAAAAGUCAACCAGAAUAUUUUAGUACCGAUCUCUAAUAAUAGCUCAAUUUCUGGUCUGAAUAUACAUUCUCAGCAGUUUGAAUCAACUGUUAACGUGAGCCAUCACACGUCUCAUUCAACUUCUAAUAACGUAAUUCAAAUUACGGCUGGAAAUAUAUACCCUCCGUGUUCAGCCAUGAACAGCAACUUUGAUGCUGAUACGUCUUUGAAAUUAAGCAAAAUCAAUGCCUUAUCGAAAGCCGAAGGUGGACAUAUUAACUUUUCGCAAGAGAUAAUGGCAUCCCAUUCGCAGCAACAUUCUCAAAGCGAAAAAGCUUUCCAGAACAUGGGAACUAAUGAUAACAAACAAAAUAUGGAUACUGGCAAUAAUCAAGUGAAUAUACACAAAUUGAGUAGUUGCCAGGUAGCGAAUAACAUGAACAAUCUUAUGGGAAGCCCACCGGCUAUCAGCAUCAUACCACAUAGUGUGAUGCGACCUCAAAUGCAUCACAACCAGAACACUAUUUCAGUUUCUGGUAACCAAAACCAGUUGUGUACAAGUUCAAAUGCUACCCAUGGACAAUUGCCAAUCCUAAAUUCUGGCAAUAAUACUCACCAAAAUAUAAAUAUAGUAUGUGAAGAAUUAAGCAAUAACAGAGUUAACUCGACUGUAUCCAAUGAAAGUACCAUGCACCAAAAUAUCCAGCAACAUGACAUAAAUGCGUCUAUAAAUACGUCAAACCUACCACAUGGUAAUAUGCAAAUUAUUCCACAUGAAAAUACUCAGCUGUCGAAUUCUAAUCAGAUACACAUAAUGAACGGACAAAUUCAACAUGCUAGGCAAAUGGAUAACAGUAAUCAAUUGCAACAGUUAAACCAAGGAUCACUGAAUAGAUCCUUCCAUGAAAAUAUUUCCCCUGGACAACAAUCCCACAAUCAAACUAACAUGCUUUCUAAUCGCAAUACUCCUGAUAACAAUUUAAUAAACCAUUCAAUGAAUAUGCAUAGUUUAAAUAAUAAUCAUAAUAUGAAUAGACAAGCAAAUGAUUUGAAUCACAUGCAUAAUAUGUCAUCAUCAAUGCAGAAUUUAAAUAAUAUGCAAAAUAACAGAAUGGUUAUUGAAAAUAUGCAACCACAUGGCAUUAACAAUAUGGGCCACCAAAUGCAUACCAGUAGAUCUAUGGAGGGAAUGCACAACUCACAGCUUCAUAGUAUGCAACAAAUAAAUCACCAUAUGAACAGUAACAGGCCCCAAAUAGAUAACAAUAAUAUGCAAAGUAACCAGCAAAUGGCUAUGCAGCAAAAUAGGCCAAUGGAAAAUGCCGGGCACCAUCACCAACAUCAAAUCCCUAACCUGAUGCAGAUGCAAAACAAUCGCGCUCACCUUGAAAAUAGCAGUUUGAUGGGAAUGCACCAACAUCUGCCUAAUCAGAUUCAUAACAGACAACAGAUGGAUAACAACAUGCAUCUGCACCAUAUGUCAAGUGGUGCAACGAAUAUGAGUCUUAACAAUCAAAUAGACAACUCAAGUUCAAUGACAAAUCUGCACAGCAAUAGACAUGACAACAGUUCAAUUGUAAUGCAAAACCUUAACGCCAUAAAUCAAAUACCCAAUAACCGGAGUUCCAUGGAUCAUCCUUCACUGAUGCAGCAUCAAAUUAACAACAUGAAUAAUGGUAAUAUGCACAGUAACGGUAUGCAAAUAGGAAACAACUCCAACCACCAGAUGAACAAUUCAAUGAUGCAUGGUCCUAAUAUACCAGAUAUCAAGAAUGAGAUUUCGAAUCCUUGUAGUGGUAGUUGCUCAGGCAACAACACGCAAUUUUCGAACAACCAAUCUACUUUCGAACUGUGCUCAAAUAUGUCGACAAGUAACAAUAUUAAUUUAGGUACCAGCAAUAUCAUUCACGGUAUGGGCGUUAAUAACUCGAACAUGUCGAAUAAUAAUAUAAUGAACAACAGCGGUAUGUAUGGGGCGAAUACCCAAAACACCAUCAUGAACCACGAUAUGUUAAUGAAUUGCAACAACGCCUCAGAACUCAAUAUAAACAAUCUUAUGCCCAAUAAUUCUAAUCACAUGAUGAUAAAUAAUUCACAACCUCACACCUCGGGCAAUCAAAACCAAAUUUUGGGUAAUCAGGUAAAUAACGCCCAAAUUAACAUAAAUAGCUGCAGUAUGAAUACAACGAACAACUCGCCUAAUCAAAUCGCCAAUAUCGACAGUCAGCUGAGUCGGCCGAAUAUAAAUGAUAAAUUCGGUCAGGACAAUUUGAGGGGCAAGAAUAUCAUGGGCCCGCCAUCUAACACCAAUUUGGCCAGUAAUGACAGCCCCAAAGUUAAUAUGGUGAACACUGAUAAGCAAAAUCACACAAUCUCAAUGAACAGUCAAAUGGGCUUCAUGCAAAUGAAUACUCAAAAUAAUCGAGUCAUUAAUCUUCCAGAAAGGAAUAGGUUGUCUAAUGCAACCCUAGAUAACAAUAUGAACCAACAUGUACCGCAGCAACACAACAUACGGGUAGUAACUAACAACAGUAGUAACAAUGUUCCUGAUCCUCUAGCAUUUCAACAGAAAAAUGAAAGUAGUGGAACUAUGAUUAAUGUACCAUUCCAAGCUAUACCAAACAGUGCACCGAUGAAUAUAAAUGUUAAUUCGAGUAAUAACACUGUCAACAUUACUGUACAGAACAAUCUCGUUGAUCCAAAGAUUGCAUCAAAAUCCGCUGCAGAUAUUAGUUUCCCACUUCAAUCUAGUACUAGCAUGUUACAAAAUCAAAGUGGAAACAGUAAUAUGAUAUGUAUACCUGUACCUAACAACACUAUUAGCUUGCCAACACAAAAUACAUCUAGCAUUACAUUGCCAAAAGCUCCACCCACUCAACAGUCGGGUAUACCAACUAACGUCGUCAACCCGAUGUCUAUGAGGCCGAUGAAUAGAGUGUUGCCUUUGCAUCGUGAUGGCCAAAGUAAAUCAUCAUCAAAGAAUUGUACUAGUACAUCUACUAAAACAUCUGCUGUACCCAUACAAAGAACAGUUAGCCAUGACAUGCCAGAUCUUAACAUUAAAGAUGAAACUAUUGACAGUGAUUUGGAGAAGGCUAUCGAAGAGUCAAAAAGAAUGAUGGAACUAGAAAAAGCGAACAAAGAAAAGGAAGAUAUGGAUGCCGCUCGCGCCAUUCAACUCUCAACAGAAAUACAACAUGCUAGUCAUAGUUCUGUUAGUCCGAUAGUGGUGCAGAAUAGCAUUAUCGAAUGUGGACAAACUUCUGAAAUGACGUCGUUACCAAAUUUGGAUGCUGAAAUGAUAGAAGUGGAGCCACCAAAAGUUUUACAAGAAAAAAACGCCAAUAAGGUUCCUGUGCAACACAAGUUGCCUAGUGGCCCAUGCAAAGUUACAAAAAGACCUAUUAAUGAUAGAAAAAUCGACAUUGAUGUUGUUGCGACGAAGAAAUCGAAUAAAGUAUCGAAAGGUCAGGAGAAUAAAGGGGUUUCGUUGCAAAAACCAACACCAGAACUACCAAAAGACGAUGGGCCUAAAUUAAUAUACGAGGUAACCUCGGAAGAUGGAUUUAAUUACACGUCGACUUCGCUAACUGAUCUCUGGGCUAAAGUGAUAGAGGCUGUCCAAAAUGCAAGAAAGCAAUCAGGCUUACCUCUGAUUCAGUACAAUUUGCCAUCUACUCUGUCUGGCGCCCAUCUGCUUGGACUGAACAACAAUGCUUUAAAAUACCUUAUUGAACAACUACCUGGGGCGAGUCGGUGCACAAAAUACAAAUUACGACAGGGCCGUCCCCUUAACAGCUGGGACAAUGACUUGGACUUGAGCGAAGGGUUUAAAGAAAGUCCAUGGGGCAGUGCGCGUACUGGUCCAAUAGCCCGAAAAGCAAGCCAUGAUAUGUUUAGCUGGAUGGCGUCACCGUUCAGGGAAGAACCACCUCCAUUAACUGGCCAAGAUGGAGAAAGUUCUAUUUCGAGACGAUUAGCAACUUUACCACCAGCCAUGCGAUUCAGACAAUUAAAAGAAACAUCAAAGGCAUCAGUUGGCGUCUAUAGGUCGCACAUUCAUGGCCGAGGCUUGUUCUGCAAACGGGAGAUUGAAGAAGGUGAUAUGGUGAUUGAAUACGCCGGUGAAGUGAUUCGUGCUGUAUUAGCCGAUCAACGCGAGAAACGGUACGAGGCAAUGAGUGGUCGUCGCGGCGUUGGCGGCUGCUAUAUGUUCCGCAUCGACGACAACUUAGUGGUAGAUGCCACUCUUAAAGGAAAUGCUGCGAGAUUUAUAAAUCAUUCUUGUGAUCCAAACUGCUACUCACGCGUCGUAGACAUCCACGGCCACAAACACAUCUUGAUAUUUGCACUGCGACGCAUCAGUAUAGGCGAAGAACUGACUUAUGACUACAAAUUCCCAUUCGAAGAGGUCAAGAUACCUUGCACAUGCGGCGCCAAGAAAUGCCGCAAAUACCUAAACUGAGAAGUGAAAAGCGCGCGUGAGUGGUCAUUUGUGUCAAUUAUGAUGUACUUAUUUGUGACCUACGGGAAAGUGUUUUUCAGCUUAUAUUUAUUGUGGAGUAUGAGUACUAAUUGAGUAGGCAAAACUAAAAAUGUGUGCAACGAACCAUUAUAAUAAUUCUAAGAUAUGUAGUAUUUUAAAGUUCAUAAAUGUAAUAACUGACAAUCAAGUAUUUAUUUGUUGUCAAACGAGCCGUUACGGCUUUAAUUAGCAUAAUGUUUAAAGUACAUAACUGAAUUAGACAUAGCACAAUACAAUAUAAAGGAAUUAGUGACUACUUUAACAUCACUAUAGCAAUUGGGACUAACGAAAUGAGUAAAUUAAAAGAAAGGAAAUUCGAUUGAUCUCGAAAGUAACGCGAUGAGUAAGAAAUUGAAUUUGAAGCUAAGUUUGUACGCGAUAGUGAGGUAUAAUUAGGUGCCCGGAUUUUUUGUAGGACUUUUGAACUGCCUGAUUCGAUCCGAUGCAUUCUAAUUUAUAAUUAAUAACGUGUUGUCUCAUGUACUCAUGUGGGUGCUUGAUAUUAAUCCUGAGGUAGACCUUUCAUUAGCAUUUUUAUAGCCAUUGUGGUGACUGUCAAUUACUAACCCUCUUGCCGUUACCUUUAAUUAAAUACUGGAAUGCCUCAAACAUUAAGAUAUUGCCAACUGGGUAGAAUUAUACCUAGAACUUUUUUUAUCAAAAAAGACAUGAAAAAUAAAUUAUCGACUCUCUCAACUCUAUGGAAAAUACUAACAUUAUUAAAGAUAAUAGCUACCGCGAAAUUCAGGACUCGUAGCUAUCUUCUUUAAUAUAUUAGCCACUUUUAAUGACUCGGGUACUCAUAGGCAUAAAAUGGCUAAUAUGUGUAGAAGAUAGGAUCUUUAAAUAAUGUUGAUAUUGUCAUAGAGUAAAUAGAGUUGAGGUACCUAAGGAUAAAAGUUAUGUCGAUAAUUUAUUUUGUCAAUCCCUCGUUUUUAUUAGAAAAAGUCCUAUGAUAAGAAUUUUGUUUUCUCCGUUUGUCGACCUUAUUUUAUACAUCGAUAUUUUUGUAAAGUUGACGAAAUAUAAAGUGAGCCGAUCUUGUUCAAACUUGUGCGAGAGAUCGGCUCACUUUAUAUUCCGUCAUACCAGCAGUUAAAACGUUAAGAACCCAAUGAGACCAAAUACCUAUGAGAGGUCGAUAAUGUCAAGAAAAUUCCGGGCUCUGAUAGAGUGAAAUAACCUACAUGCAUCUAAUUAUAUUUCUACUCUGCUUGCAAAAAAGAUUUGAAAAUGGUUAGAAUGAGAUAGAAAUACUGGGUUGAAUACAGAUUUAUGUAUUUAAUGUGAGAAAAGUCAUAUUCACAUAUCUGAUCUAAUGAUUGCCAUCUCAUAUGUUGGUUGAAGACGGACUUUUUGUCAAUGUAAAUUGUACAUGUUGAAAGUUUUUCAUGAAUCUUGUUAUGAUCUCUUUCUUGAAUCUACCCAGUGUUUAGAAUUGUUGGAUUAUAUAAUAAGUCGGACUUAUUUUUAAUUCAAAAUAUUAUGUUGUGAUAAGUUUAUCCAUUGUGUAAAUAUAUUUUAAGUUUUAUUAUUUAUAAAUCGAUUUAAAGGUUCGCGAACGGCUUAAGUAUCUACCUAAAGUACUUUGAUGUGAUAUACGUUCAAGCACGGGCCUGCCGGGUACGGAUCCGGACAUGGAGAAUGGUUAGUGCAUAUUAGGAGAUAGUGUACAUUUGUUCCUCAAUUUUGUUUUAAUGUUUUUUCACUUCGACUAAUUACAUGUAUAUAUUAAACUGAGGUAAUUAGGGACAUAAAAAUAAAUUAGUACAUUCAAAAGGGUAGCGAAGUUUCAAGUACAAUGUUACUUUUUAGUAAUUUUAAAUGGAUAUUGUAUAGCGAAAUGAUUUGUAAAUAAGAGAAAUUAUCUGUCAUAAUAAUAAAGUUAAGUGACAAACUGUUUUAUUGUAGUCAUUGUUUAGAUGUACUUUUUAACAAGUAUAUUUGACGUGUGUAUAUAUAUUAAGUUAUUUGAUGUACGGGAGUGCCGAGAGUGGAGGCGUAGGGGAGUAUAUGGAGCACGAGCGGUUGUUGAACAAUCCCAGUUACAUUGCACGGUUUAGCAGAAAAUGCACAUUUUGUCAGCUUUAAUAUUGCAGCACAUUAUUGCUAUUUAAAUUAAAUAUUUUAUAACAAUUUAUUGACGGAAAAAUAUCAGUUUCAUUUUUAAAUAUUAUUAAUUUGUUUUAAACAGAAGACGUCGUUUUGUUGACCACGCAUUUAUAGACUGAUUGUACUCAUCACAAUUUAACUGGAGCUCAUCACAUUAGCCAGCUAAUCGCUAGCGAUACCACGGGCAGGUAUUCCUAGUUGCUUUAAUACGUUAAUAUGCAAACAAUAUAAUUAAUUAAUGGAUCGGAUGCCAUAGGCUUUAAUUUAAAAGGUUAAUGGUAUUGCAUCUAUCAAUAGCAGUAUUAAAGUAAAAUAAUUGUGUCAACAAGUAUUUCUAUAGUUAAAAAAAUAAUAGCGCAGGUGAAAGUAGUUGAAAUGAAACUUUGUACAUUACAAUAUUAUAAGUACCUAUCUAAAGUACAGUAAACUACUUCAAAACCAAUUAUGAAAUAUGUACAUUCAAAGUCAUAAACAUCGAAUCGAUAGUGUUGAACACGUAAUGUUGUCUUUAUUGCCGAUUUGAUGACGAUGACUGUACAUUAAUGAAAUGGGGAAUUGCUUUUAAGGGCUUUCCUAAGCAAUAAGUACUUUGAAAAAUAAGAUGUAAAAAGCAAAUCUCCUAUUCUGUGUUUAUGGCAAUUUAAAUAAAUAAAUACUUCGACAAUUAUGAUUAAAAACCCUAAGUUCAUUAAAGUACAGUGUGAUUAUUCCAUGAAUGUGACGAUAAAAUAUACUUAAACAUACAAACGUCGAUAGUUAUAGAAAAAAAAACGUUUCGUACCAGUAGUCCAGUGAAUAAUAUCGUCCUUUAAUAUAAUUAGGCGGGUUUUCUUUUCAUAAAAUAAGAUGUCGUUAUUUUUUUUACAUUUUGAUACAGGAGUUAGUCGAAGUUAGCUUACAUUGAAUUAUAAUCAAUACAAAUAACAUCUAAUUUUAUAAUAUUACUUAACUUUAGAGACUAACAACAAAAUUUAUUUUUGAAUGUUUUUUUGGUUCUUCAAUUUGCCUUAUAUUAUUUGACAUACUUUUGACUCAAUAUUGAUAAUGAUAAUGAAAUUAUGAGACUUUAUCUUAUAGGAUUGAUUUCUACAAUUCCUUGUUUAAUGUGCAUUGUGCAUUUUAUUGUACAAUAUCUAUCUUAGAAAUAAAAUAUCACUAAGUGAUGUCUCCUCCUAACUAAUUGUAAACAUCUGCUUCGUAUUAAGCGUAAUUAUAAACAUCUGCUCUUGAUAUUAUUUUCUGUGUUAAAAAUAACGCUUUUAUUUUUAAAGUACACAAUGCCAUUUUGCCUAAUAUUAUUAUAAAUUAUUAUAUUGAUUGCUUUAAAAGCACUACUUUUACAAUGCAUAGUUCUAUGACCUGUCUAUACAUUUUAUUUUAUUUAUUUCUAUAAUUAUUUUGUAUUGUGGUAAAUUUUACCAAAAAUAAAAAUACUAAAAUGUG